ACCGCAAGAAAAGAUUUUGCGGUGUAAGUGGGACGUCUCAGACUUUUUCACGACGGCUGGAGUUAUUUUCACCUUGUGGUUUUCGAAAACAGAGUUCACCUUCGUAGCUACUACAAGAGAAAUAAGAUCAACUGAAUUUACCAUGGUGGAGAGUAUUUUUGGAGGAAAAACUUCGUACCCACUAAACUGCCAUGAAAGAAAUGUUUUUCAGCCGCGACUAACAGAAAGACGGCUUUCCGUACAAUCGACGCAUUUGAACACAAUCUCCGAAACUGGCGACGAGUGCCCGCCGUCCACCUACGCAACUAACGUUGAAGAAAACACAGCAAACGACGCCCCAAUCUUUUACCGUCGACCUCGGACAAUGUCCUUACCAGCGAUCUACAGGGACGGCUCAUAUUUAAGAAUUAAGCGCUGCUCAAAUGCAUUGAGCCCUUGUAAGCGCAGAUAUUCGGAGCCAGGUGGAAUCGCGACGCAGCAUAUUAUUCAUCGCUUAUCGCUACUUUCGAGUGACAGCAGUGAAAGUGAAAAUGGCUUUUGCAAAAGAACCUCGGUUAAAAGCACGGAGGCAAGGUAUUCGGUUCGCGAGAGCUGUCUUGCGGAUGUAGUAACGCCUCGACGUCAUUCUGAUCCGAUGUGUUACACGAGAGAAAACGUGGAUCGAUCAGGGGUUUCUAGAGAACGGCGAGGUAAAUCGACAGGUAAGGAGUCAAUUACAUGCCUCAAAACGAAAAACUUAUCAGACUGUGUCAAAUCCAAAACGAGAAUUGAUAAUGAACAGACUGGCCAACCUGUGAGACGGCGAAAGUCUUCGCUCGUCCCUGUGCCUUUUCACUCGACGCAGCACAAGAUAAAAGAAGCUCAAUCUAAGGUAUCAAAUAGCCGCCCUUUAUCAUUCCCUCCCAGCGAAAAAAUCUACAAUAGACGAAGUAGUCUACCAUGUUUGAACAGACAGAGUGAAGCUGCAAAGGGAAGCGCCACAACUGCUGUUAACGCUAAUGAAUAUCUUGUAAACGAAGAACUCCAAGAGCUGGAUUCCGACGAAUCGAAGGAAGACAAAUACACCGCAAAUGCAGAUAUUUUGGUUCAGUGGAUGAAGUUUUUCGGCUGAUCGUUUGAAAUGCUUUACACACAGUGCCGUGAAACAAAACAAUCAUUAAUACUGACAGAUGACAAUAAAUGGUUUUUAGUUUUUCUUUUUUUUAACCAUUCAUUCAAAUGAGAAUCCACUGAAGACGAUGAAUUGUUUGUUUUGUAAUAAAUAAU